GCAACCUAAUUCAGUGACCAUGUCGCGAUAUUACUGCGGCUACAACCCGGCGCCUCCGAACUUCACAACCUUCUUUCCGGAAAAGUAUAAGGACCGACUGCAGCGUCUUCCCAACUUUGGAAAGUUGCGACAGACCUGGGAAAUCCACAAGAGACCCACACUCGUAAUGCUCCAUGUCUUUGCCGAUGAUUUUGGAGCUCUGGAAAAGUAUGUGGAAAUGGUCUACCAACUAGCUGCUCCACAAGUUCUGAGUGCCGAGAUGGACUUUUACGUCGACGAUAUGUGGCAGUCUUAUAUCUUUAAUGAGGAGGAUUUUAGCUUCUUUCGUGACGACGAUGGUUUCUCCGUGGAUUCAUUCCCACUCAUCUACGCCAUUGGUUCGACUGGUGAAGUGUUCUUCUUUGGUGAUUUCGCUGGUCCAAAAUUGCCCAAUCUGGAGAGCCUAAGGGAUUUCUGUGAAGAGGUGAUAGGGGGGAAUGUAAAGGAACCCACCACCAAGGAGUCAAAGGUGGAGGAAAUCAGCUUGGACAGUUGGAACGAACUUCUGUAUGCCUCCGAUGAAGAUAUAGCUAUAUGUUUCUACAACUCUCUGCAGGAUGGCACAGAGGUUAAUAAAAGGCUAAUGAUAAAUCUGGAUAGGCUGGGCGAUAGACUGAAACAGGAGUCGGUGCGACUGUAUAAGAUGGAUAUACAUGAAGUAAGUGUCCCCAAAAAGUUCAAUGUAGAAUCUUCGCCCGCCUUCUUCGUCCUGCAAGGAACGCAAAGACAUAAUCCUCUUCGGUGCAAAUAUGAGCUGGGCAUUUGGACGAUGCUGAGAUUUGUAGCAGAAAAUUCCACGGAGGAGCUUAAUUACUACAACCGUCGCGGACAUCUGAGACUCCAUGCGAAUUUGCUUACCCAUAUGAGAGAUUAUUUUGAUUUAAGCCACAACCAAAGUGGUUGUUUUUUGUGA